UUGUCCUUUUCACUUGCGCUAUGUUCACCGGCUCUGUCCCUUUCAAGAUGUCGGCAACGUCGAUGUUCCCCAUGUGUGUCCGGGCGAGCAGGGGCCUCCUCAGGCUCAGGAACGGAGGGAGAGGGGGUUCAAACUCCACGGGGGUGGACUUGAUUCGGGCACUUUCCACGGAGAAGCCGCCAACAGGAGAUGGCAGUGCUACAGGUGGACUCGCUCAAGCAAUUCUGCAAGAGAGGCUUCAGCAGCAACAGAAGAGUCAGGGACAGCCCCCUCCAGAAGGGGAUGGGGACUCGGAGCAGAAGCAGGACCAGGGAGAGGACAAGAAACAGAAGGAGAACACAGCCUAUGCCAAGAAGAUGGUGAUGCGUUUAGCAGGCCUGAUGGGGAUAGGGGGUGCCGUCGGCAUGGUGUACGUAUUCGGUAGCAAUUCAGUGGAUGAACAAGGAAACGCGAUUCCAGAUCAGUUUGACAAUGACACCCCGGUUAUCCAACAGUUGAGAAGGACGUUCAAGUAUUUCCAAGACUACAGACAGAUGAUCAUUGAGCCCACGAGCCCCAAGCUGCUUCCUGACCCCCUGAGGGAGCCCUACUACCAGCCUCCUUACACCCUGGUCCUGGAGCUCACAGACGUCCUGCUGCACCCCGAGUGGUCGCUGGCUACAGGCUGGCGCUUCAAGAAGAGGCCAGGCAUCGACUACCUGUUCCAGCAGCUAGCCCCUCUCUACGAGAUAGUCAUCUUCACUGCUGAAACAGGCAUGACGGCGUAUCCUCUGAUUGACAGCAUCGACCCCCAGGGCUUUGUCAUGUACCGCCUCUUCAGAGACGCCACGCGUUACAUGGAGGGACAUCACGUCAAGGACGUGUCGUGUCUGAACCGGGAUACCUCCAAGGUGAUAGUGGUGGACUGUAAGAGGGAAGCCUUCAGCCUGCAGCCUUUCAACGGUAUGGCGCUGACAAAGUGGGACGGCAACUCAGAAGACCGAACACUCUACGACCUAGCUCAUUUCCUCAAGACCAUUGCGCUCAGUGGAGUGGAUGACGUGCGUUCUGUGCUGGAGAACUAUGCACUGGAAGAUGACCCCGUAGAGGCCUUCAAACGCAGACAAGCGCAGCUAGCACAGGAGGAGGAGCAGAGGUUGGCUGAGCUGGCCCAGCCGAAGAAGCAGGGCAUCUCCUUGGGCUCCAUCACUGGACGGUUCUGGCGCUCCAAACAACAGUGAGUGGCCCUCUCUCUCGCACCCACCAAUCGCAGCCCACCCCUCCAGUGUCCGGCCAAAAGGAUGGCGGGCUGCAUUCACUCGGCGGGGUGGGUGGCGGGCGUCUCUCGACGCGUGGGGGAGGAGACAAGGAGAGACCAUCCAAUCAGCUGAACUUUUGACUGUCACAAGCAUGUCUUGGGGGGGGGGGGGAGCUGGAGAGGAGCAAGGGUCCAAAAUAACAUUCUGGUACCUCUGUCAUCAGCAAAGUCACUUCCUGGAUCUCAGAUGCUCAGGUGAAGGCGGUGCAUGCCCCCCCAUCUGCUUUCGUUGGUCCUCUGUUGGCACUGACGUACACAAAAUGGUGCUGAGUGGUUACAGACAUUAUUGAUUAAACCGUUUCAGUCCACAUUAGUUCGUCCACUUCUACUGCCCACCGGCCGGUCAUACAGGGAACUGACCAGAGAACAGUGCUCUUAUCUGCAACUCCAUGCACUUGGAUCUGGUGCUCCGGAAUGAUGGAGUUUGAUCAGCUUUGUGAAACAGUUUCCUUUUUUUUUUAUGUAUAUCUAAGACUAAGCUUGUCAGGGUUUAGGAUAUGAAUGUUAUUAAACCUGUUGCACUCUGAGACUCUAAGCUUAUCUCCACCAACAAGAAGUCCUUGCUUGGACAGGCGCUGUUGACACCAACGGGACUUUGUGCAACAGAGGCUGGAGCUUGCGCUGUAGGAAUGAGUGGGAGAAACAUUUUCAGCAAAUCAAGGCAAGCCAUGUGAAAUUGGGCUGGUGGCACGCAUACUAAGUGAAAAUGGGAUCCUGAUGUCUUAAUAUGUGCUUGUUGAAUGUUCUGUGAGAUUCAGUUUGUGAACCAUUCACAUAGUCCCAAAUAAAAAAAUCUUAAAUCUAGAAUCUUGUGGUUUGGCACAACUGAACAUGUAAUGUGAACUAGCAUCAAUCCGGUGUUUUCAUGGCAACAUGUUGAAUCUUCUCUAAAUACCCUGACAUCUAUACUGAGCAAAAAUAUAAAUGCAAUGUGUCAAGUCUUGGAUUCAUGAAAUAAAAGAUUGGUGAAAUGUC